AUGGCAGCAGCUAAGAAUAAUACUGGAAAAUCCAAGAAGGGUGUUGUUGAUGAAACUCAAGAGAUGACAAUGGAACAACAAGAUUGGCAGCUUGAUAGAGGCAAAAAAAAGCCUUUCAAGAAAGUCCGUAGCCCUGAACGUCAAGAACAAACUCAAUCCUCUGCAUCUUUAGCUCAUCAAUUACCAUCUUGUUUCUCUGUUUCUUCUAGCUCUGCCUCGAAUCUCUCUCUGUAUCCGCCUACUUCGUCGUCUUCACCUAUGUCAUCUUCAAGUUCAAGGCCUUUGUUUCCUUUUGCCAUUGAAGGGUCUGAUCAACCUAUUCAAUUCCCUCAACAAUUUAGAACAAACCCUUCAUUGCCUAUUUUCCAUCCACCGUCUCAAGUUGCACAAAAUCAGCAGCAAAUGAUUUCCUUUGGUCAGAACCAGCAAUAUGGCAUUGCAUAUCCUCCGUUUUUUGCUGGAGAAUCUGCAUUGUCUAACCAACAGCAGCAGCAGCAGCUGUUUCCGAACUGGAGUGAUGCAUUGAACUUAAGUCCGAGAGGUAGGAUGAUGAUGAUGAUGAACAGGCUGGGGCCGGACGGGAGGCCGUUGUUUAGGCCUCCGAUUCAGCCUAUAAAUACAACAAAGCUUUACAGGGGAGUGAGGCAGAGGCAUUGGGGAAAAUGGGUUGCCGAGAUUCGUCUCCCUCGAAAUAGGACUCGCCUUUGGCUAGGCACAUUUGAUACAGCUGAAGAUGCUGCCUUAGCUUACGACCGCGAGGCCUUUAAGUUGAGAGGAGAGAAUGCUAGGUUGAAUUUCCCUGAACUUUUCCUCAACAAAGAUAAAGCAACUUCUACAGCUCCAAGUUCAACAGUUUCUUCUCCGCCGACUCCCAAUCAAAGUUUAAUGCCCAAAAAACCCCAAGAAGGCCUUAACUUGCAGGCGGAAACCAUGCCACCACCAGCACCGCCAGCACCACUAGAACAGCCUCAAGGAGACCAUCCUGAUGAUGAUUCCGGGAUGGGUUCGAGUGGGGCUACGGUGAGUGAUGAGGUUCAGGCAGUGGCAGAGGGGUCUAGUGCAGGGGAAGGCAUUUCGGGGUCUCAAGAAUUGGUCUGGGGAGACAUGGCAGAAGCUUGGUAUAAUGCUAUUCAAGCAGGUUGGGGUCCAGGGAGUCCUGUGUGGGAUGAUUUGGAUACCACUAACAAUCUUUUCUUACAAUCACACCUUCCUUUUGUUAAUCCAAAUCAACAGCAGUUUAAUGAUCCUUCUAAUCUCCAGAGACAACAAGACAGCACGAGCUCAGCUUUUUCUUCUUCUUCCUCUUCCUUCCCCAUAAAGCCAUUCUUUUGGAAGGAUCAAGAUUGA